UCUCUCUUUUUUGACAACAAAUAGUGACUGCUGCUGCUCUAGUAAUAAUAGUAGUAAUAAUAAUACUAAAAAAAAACUAUCAUUUGAAGUUGUCCUCCAAUGAUGGCAAGAAUCUAUUGUUUUCUUGUCAUGAUUCUGUCCAUUCUUUGUUUGUUGGUUUUAAGGGUUUCAAGCAGGCAUUUUGCAUCUCCAAACUAUGGGGUUUCUGCCAACAAUCAAGGCAAACUUGCAAGAACCCACUCAGUGUUCACCUCCCACUCCAAGCCCACCUCAAAAAAGGAGAUGGAUGAGGAAGAAUACAAAGUACUGGAGAAGAUAGCUGGAUCAAAGCCACCAAAGUGUAAGGACAAGUGCUAUGGAUGCAAGCCAUGUGAAGCUAUUCAAGUGCCUACAACAAACAGCCAUGUUGGAGUUCAGUACACUAACUAUGAGCCUGAGGGCUGGAAAUGCAAGUGUGGCCAUACAUUCUUCACCCCUUAAAAAAACCCAUUUGAUAUAUAUAUAUAUAUUGUGUAUCAUAUAUGUAAUGUAGUUUGGGAAUGU